AGCCCAGCGGGGGAUCUUGGAGCUAAGAAGAAAAAGAAGAAACAGAAGAGGAAAAAGGAAAAGCCGAAUUCUGGGGGGGCCAAGUCAGACUCCGCAUCUGAUUCUCAAGAAAUCAGAACACAGCAGCCUGCAAAAAAUCCUGCCAUUCCAAUGCAGAAACUACAGGACAUCCAAAGAGCUAUGGAGCUCCUGACCGCCUGCCAGGGACCCGCAAAGAACCUCGAUGAGGCAAGCAAACGUAAAUACCAGUUUUGGGAUACACAGCCUGUACCGAAACUUAAUGAAAUUAUAACCUGUCAUGGUCCUAUUGAACCUGAUAAGGACAACAUUCGUCAAGAGCCAUACUCGCUGCCUCAGGGCUUUAUGUGGGACACUCUGGAUCUGAGUAAUGCAGAGGUGCUAAAAGAACUGUACACUUUACUGAAUGAAAAUUAUGUGGAAGAUGAUGAUAACAUGUUCAGAUUUGAUUAUUCACCAGAGUUCUUACAAUGGGCACUUCGUCCUCCUGGGUGGUUAUCUCAGUGGCACUGUGGAGUCAGAGUGUCUUCCAACAAAAAAUUAGUGGGCUUUAUAAGCGCCGUUCCUGCCACUAUCCGUAUUUAUGACAGUGAAAAGAAGAUGGUAGAGGUUAAUUUCCUUUGUGUCCAUAAGAAGCUGCGAUCGAAGCGUGUUGCUCCUGUCCUCAUCCGAGAGAUCACCAGGAGAGUCAAUCUAGAAGGAAUCUUCCAAGCUGUGUAUACAGCAGGGGUCGUUUUACCAAAACCCGUAUCUACAUGCAGGUACUGGCACCGCUCCCUAAACCCUAGAAAACUGGUAGAGGUGAAGUUUUCUCACCUUAGUAGGAAUAUGACGUUACAGAGGACUAUGAAGCUGUACAGACUUCCUGAUGCAACAAAGACCGCCGGGUUACGGCCGAUGGAGAGGAAAGACGUCGCCAUGGUCCAGCACUUAUUGAAUCACUAUUUAAGUCAGUUUAAUCUGGCUCCUGUGAUGGAUGAAGAGGAGGUGUUACACUGGUUUCUCCCUCAGGAUAAUAUUAUAGAUACCUAUGUUGUAGAGAGUUCAAAUGGUGUAUUAACAGACUUCCUGAGUUUUUACACAUUACCCUCCACAGUGAUGCAUCACCCGCUGCAUAAAACACUGAAAGCAGCUUAUUCCUUCUACAAUGUCCACACAGAGACAGCACUGCUGGACCUCAUGAAUGAUGCACUCAUUAUCGCCAAAUUAAAAGGAUUCGAUGUGUUUAAUGCUCUGGACUUGAUGGAAAACAAAACUUUCUUGGAAAAGCUGAAGUUUGGCAUAGGGGAUGGCAACUUACAAUAUUACCUGUUCAACUGGAGAUGCCCAGCUACGGAAUCUGAAAAGGUGAGCAGGCUUUGCUGGAAUAAAUCCUGA